UACGUAUCACGAUACAGAGGCCAAUGAUACAAUGUAUUGUGAUAUAUUGCGAUACUUUAGAGACAGCAAUAUAUAUUGAGUUUUUUACAACUAUUUAAUUGCAGUACAACUAUCAUCAUAGCCAAUAUAAAAAAAAUAAAAUUGUUAAUUAUUUCACUGUGACCCGGCACCACACGACCUGUGGACCGGUACUGGUCCACGCACCAGAGGUUGUCUACACAGCUGAAUGUUCUUCCUUCUCCUUGUUUCUUUUCAGUCCCUGCCAAUCUGUAAACCCAGUCGACCAAAUGAACCGAGCACUAAUGUAGCGUCACCUCUGACCGGUAGGUGGAGCACGUGCUCAGAUAGAGGAAUAGAGAGAGAGGGAGGAGAGAGAGAGAGAGAGAGGCCGUGGAGUACAGAGCGGAGGUUACCACAGGACACUGCUCCUGUGCCGCGGCUGAACCUCGACCACAGCGGGGAGAAACAGCUCCACGAGCCGCCGCCACUUCAACCUUUGGAUUCAAACCCUCCGCUUCCUGGACACACAGCGGCAACUUCAAAGUCUCCGCGGCCACAUUUGACGCGUUUGUUUCAUUCAUUUCUUUUUUUCCUCCUGUUUCCCCCGUGAACCGGAGCAGUGACGAGGUCUUCACCGUGGGGUUUUUUUUUGUCUUCUUACUUUUUCCGCCUUCGGCUUCAUCUCCAUUUGUCGCCUGUGUCGCCUGCUGAGCUGCUGCUGCUGCUGCUGCUGCUGGGGGCGACAUUAAAGACAGUGUCGGCGACACGCCGCGUUGGAUUCAGCCCACAGCAAUUAAGUCACAUGUUAAUUACGAUAUUCACUUUGAGCGGGCAGCAGUGAAGUACACGCCGCCACAGCACCGACACUCUCGGUUCACCGUCACGGACGAGGGGUGUUUUUGAGGCUUGAGCUGUGACACUGCGCGUGUUUGUUCCGCAUAUUUUGAAUUAAUGUUGUUGUUGUUUUGAAUCGCUUCAAAGGUAGUGGAAGUCAAACCGCGGCGGCGGCGGUGAAGUUGUUGACACUUGUAGCUUUAGACCAAUCAGAGAAAUGACCGUGGAAAUGUUGUGUUAAAGAAGAAGAAGAAGAAACUCUGAAAAAGGCUUCAGAGUAAAACUGUGUUGUUCCAGGGGCUGAAAGGUCAGCGGGAUAGGUCAGCUGUUUGUUUCUCCUCCUCCUACUUUUCCUCCUCCUCCUCCUCCUCCUCCUCCUCCUCCUCCUUCACCCAUCAGUCUGUUAUGAAGAUGUGAACUCCCUCCCUCCCUCCCUCUUUCCUUGGCUUUCUCUCUUCUCUGGCCACUUUGAUUUUUACCCCGUCCUUCUCCUACCCCCGGUGGCUGCCAGAGGGAUCAAAAACAACAACACCCCCCCCCUCGUCCUCGUCCCCCGUCCUCCCUCAUCUGUUAGGGAUGUACGAAAGCGUGGACGUUGUGGGUCUGAGCCCCAGCCCCGGCCGCAGCAGCAGCCCCAGCCCCGGCUCCUUCCUCAGCAUGGACUACUACCACAGACCCCCGGGGCUCGGGGCGGACAAAGUUCUCCUGGCCGGGGUCGGAGGACUCCAGAGGACGUUUGGAGGCUCGCUGGUGUCCAGCAGACACUGGAGUGGAUCCUGUCACUCUAUAGAGACCGAGAGCACAAGUUCAGGGGAGGACCUGCUGGUGCCCAGCCCCCCCUCACCCCCGCCUCCACCCCGGGUCUACAAGCCCUGCUUUGUGUGUCAGGACAAAUCGUCAGGAUACCACUACGGAGUCAGCGCGUGUGAAGGCUGUAAGGGCUUCUUCAGGAGGAGCAUCCAGAAGAACAUGGUGUACACCUGCCACCGGGACAAAGUCUGCGUCAUCAACAAAGUGACCAGGAACCGAUGUCAGUCGUGUCGGCUGCAGAAGUGUUUUGAUGUUGGAAUGUCCAAAGAGUUGGUACGGAACGACCGAACAAAGAAGAAGAAGGAGGAGAAACGGCAGGUGGAGGUGGAGACCUACGUCCUGUCGGCUGACACCGAGCUGAUGAUUGAUCAGGUUCGACGAGCGCAUCAGGACACGUUUCCCUCCCUGUGUCAGCUGGGAAAAUACACCACGAGCAACAGCUCAGAGCACCGUGUCUCCCUGGACGUCAGUCUGUGGGACAAGUUCAGUGAACUCUCCACCAAGUGCAUCAUAAAGACGGUGGAGUUCGCCAAGCAGCUCCCGGGCUUCACCACGCUCAGCAUCGCCGACCAGAUCACGCUGCUGAAGGCCGCCUGUCUGGACAUCCUGGUUCUGAGGAUCUGCACUCGCUACACGCCGGACAAGGACACGAUGACCUUCUCUGACGGUUUGACCCUGAACCGCACCCAGAUGCACAACGCUGGGUUUGGACCUCUGACGGACCUGGUGUUCUCCUUCGCCAACCAGCUGCUUCCCCUCGAGAUGGACGAUGCAGAGACAGGACUGCUCAGCGCCAUCUGCCUGCUGUGUGGAGAUCGACAGGAUCUGGAGGAACCAGAGAAGGUGGAUGUUCUUCAGGAACCAAUGCUGGAAGCUCUGAAGAUUUAUGUGAGGAGGAGGAGACCGGACAAACCCUGCAUGUUCCCCAAAAUACUGAUGAAGAUCACGGAUCUACGCAGCAUAAGUGUGAAGGGAGCAGAGCGAGUGGUGACACUGAAGAUGGAGAUCCCUGGAUCCAUGCCUCCGCUCAUCCAGGAGAUGCUGGAGAACUCCGAGGGUCUGGACAGUCAUGGUACUGCAGGAGAAAAGGGGGGAGUCAAAUGUAGAGGGGAGGUCAGGGAGGAGGAGGACAAAGACGUCAGGAGCCGUCGUAAAAGUCCAUCACGGAGAGCCAGCCCCUUCCUGAGGCCGUCACCUUCGCCCCGCUCCCCCUCCUCCCCCUCCUCACCUCCCUGCACCUGAGGAGCCGCGCGCUGGGCACAUUUUCUCCACACAACAUUAAAUGAUCAGCAGGAGGACAGACGUCAGGAUUCAACAGCCACAAACUACAGUCAGAACUGUGAGGUCACACAGCCAAUGAACUGUGAACGACUGCUUUGAAUCCAGAUUUAAAAACAGACAAAAAAAAAGUGGAUUUUCCUUUUCUUUUUUAAAAAUUCUUUUUUAUACCGUCUUAAAAUGUAAAUUAUUUGCAGAAACUUAACGAAGGCUCACGUCUGUGCUCUGAGGGACUUCUGUUAUUUUAUACACUCCCGUUCUCAUAGAACAACAUAUAUAUAUAUAUGUAUACAUAUAUAUACAUAUAUAUGUACAUGGUAAUACAUUUCCUGCAGGAUGGACAAAAGCAGGUUUUUUGUGAGAGUUUUCUGGUUAAACUAAAAAAGAUAUUUGAUCAAAAAAAAGAAAUCUGCAGAGUUUUAUGUCUGUGUUUUUCAUCCUCCGUUCUCUCUGUCCAGACCUUGAGCUUCAUCUACAUGUCAUUUGCGUCGUCACACAGGAAUACUUGGAUAUGCAAACCUACCAUCAGCUCACAAAUGUUUGUCUGUUUUUGAUCUGCAACUCACUUUACCUCAUGUGCAAUAAAUAGGUUGAACUCUGACAGAGCAGCCGGCGAAUCAGAGCGGCCGCUGAGGCUCAUCACGUCAUCAAGUGUUUUCACUUUACCUGCUGUUGUUGACACUGUGACUGUAUGAUUAAAUACACACUUCUUUGGUCAGUUUGAUUAGUGUGUGUUUGGUGUCAGAGAAACUCCUCCUAAACCAACACCAUUCAGUAGCAGUGGGUUUAAAACAUGCAGUGUGUUUUUGUUUAUGACAGUAGAAGGGAUCAGUACUUCAAAUACUAGUACUUGACAACUCAAAUAACAACCGUAGGUUGGUUAACAUUUACAGGAACGUCCAUCUAUAUCAACAUCGCUAUAAAAACUGCAUUGAUACAAAAAGAAAAGUCACAAAAGUAAAAGGUCACAAUUAAAGAAAGAAGAAGUUCAAA